AUGAGUCUCAUUAGCUGGAACUGCCGAGGGCUUGGGAACCCUCAGACAGUUCGUGACCUUAGCCACAUGGUUAGGGAAAAGAAACCCAACAUAUUGUUUCUAAUGGAAACAAUUUGUAGUAGAAAGAAAAUGGAAUGGAUUAGGGUCAAACUUAGGUUUGUUGGAUUAUUUGCCGUUGACCCGGUGGGAAGGAGUGGUGGAAUAGCAUUAUUAUGGAAGGAAGAGCAUGAAGUGGAAAUACAAAAUUAUUCACGAAGGCAUAUUAACGCCAUUGAGAAGAGGAAUGAAGAUGGCUUUAUUUGGAAACUAACCGGAUUCUAUGGUAACCCGGAUAGUUCAAAACGGAAGGAGUCGUGGGCAUUGUUACAGCACUUGAAAUCCUUCUUACCGGAGGCAUGGAUGUGUGUGGGUGAUUUCAUUGAAAUCACCCAUCAAGAAGAGAAGACGGGCGAAGCUAGACGACGUGAGACCCUCAUGGCAGAUUUCUGGUCAGCCUUGGAAGUGUGUAAUUUGUGGGACCUUGGCUUCAUAGGACCACGUUUCACUUGGUCAAAUAGGCGUACGGAUGGUGUCUUGACCCAAGUACGUCUUGAUAGAGCAGUAGCUAAUAGUAAAUGGUGCCAACGGUUUGAAGAGGCAGAAGUUUACGUAUUUGCAGCACGAGCAUCUGACCACAAUCCACUAAUGGUCCAAUUUGAAAAGAAACAACCCCGAAGCUAUUCUGGUGCAAAGGGCUUUAAAUUUGAGGACCAAUGGUGGUUGGACCCAGAUUGUGGAAAUAUAAUAAAACAGGGGGGCAGACCUGAAGAUCAGGAGGAAAUCAAAAAGUUACAGGCAGAUAUUGAUCAGCUCCUAGAACAUGAGGACAUCAAGUGGAAGCAAAGAGCAAAACAGCACUGGGAUGUGGAGGAAUGUUUGGAGGGGCUAGAAGCACGGGUUACCCCCGAAAUGAAUGGGUGGCUCUUGCGUCGUUUUGUGGCGGAAGAAGUAGACGUGGCUCUUGCUCAAAUGGGCCCUUUGAAAUCCCCUGGCCCAGACGGAUUUGCAGCAUGCUUCUACCAAAAAUCGUGGGAUAUUCUCCGAUCUAAGGUAUGUGGUGCUGUGCUUGAAUUUUUGAAUGAGGGUAUGUUUACUGAUGAGAUUAAUGGAACUUAUAUUGCAUUGAUACCGAAAAUAAAGAAUCCUUUGCAUAUUACUGACUUUCGGCCUAUUAGUUUAUGCAAUGUCUCUUAUAAGCUUAUUGCAAAGGUGCUUGCGAACCGUAUGAAGAAGGUAUUGGGAGAUAUCAUAUCUCCUAAUCAGAGCGCCUUUAUCUUAGGAAGGUUGAUCACGGAUAAUGUGAUUAUUGCCUUUGAAGCCCUACAUACGAUGGAUACACGGUUAAAAGGCAAGGAGGGCUAUAUGGCGUUAAAAUUGGAUAUGAGUAAGGCCUAUGACCGUGUGGAGUGGGGUUUUCUGGAGGCUGUAAUGAAGAGGAUUGGUUUUGCACCUAGAUGGGUGCAAUUAUUAAUGACCUGUGUGAAGACGGUGAAUUAUUCAAUUUUGAUUAAUGGAAGGCCAUACAGGAAAAUUACCCCUUCUCGUGGGUUGAGACAAGGGGAUCCGCUUUCACCGUACUUCUUUAUCCUAUGUGCAGAAGGAUUAAGUACAGGGCUCAACAAGAUGGAACAGGCGGGUGGAAUUACGGGAUUGCCCUUGACACGAGGAGGAACACGGUUGAAUCAUUUAUUUUUUGCUGAUGACAGUCUCCUUUUUUGCAAGGCGGAUAUGGUGGAAUGGUAUUGUAUUCAAAAAGUGUUAAAUGAUUAUGAACAAGCCUCUGGCCAGAAGUUAAACAGGGGGAAGACAUCACUGUUCUUCAGCCGUAACACUCCAAUGGAUGCUAGAACACAAAUCAUGUCAGUUGCGGAAAUAAAUUCCACACAAAGAUAUGAGAAAUAUUUGGGGCUGCCGGCACUGAUUGGUAAAUCAAAAGUGUCGUCUUUGGCUGGAAUUAAAGGGUGGAUUUGGGAAAAAAUGCACGGUUGGAAAGAAAAAUUUCUCUCGCAAGCCGGAAAGGAGGUUUUAUUGAAGGCAGUUGUGCAAGCGAUCCCGACAUACACUAUGAGUGUGUUCCUGCUUCCCAAAACUUUAUGUAAGGAUAUCAAUUUGAUGAUGGCCAAGUUUUGGUGGGGGCAUAAAUCUAAUGACAAAAAGGUGGCUUGGAUGAGUUGGGAGAAAAUGAGGAAAGCUAAGGAAAAGGGAGGAAUGGGUUUCCGAGACUUAGAAUGUUUUAAUAUUGCUUUGCUUGCAAAGCAAGGGUGGCGAUUAACUCAAAAUCCAGACUCUUCUGUGGCCAAAAUUUUAAAGGAGAAAUAUCACCCAAAUGGUACUUUUCUAGACACCCCGUUGAGCAAGAAGCCCUCAUAUGUAUGGAGGAGCAUUUGGCAUGCAAAGACUUUGCUUAAUGAAGGAUUGGUGUGGCGAGUAGGGAAUGGAAAGGGGAUUAAAAUUUGGGGGGAUAAAUGGUUAUUUUCCCCAACGACCUAUGCUAUUCAAUCAUCGGUGCGUAUUUUAUCUGAAAAUGCAAGAGUAAGUGCUUUAAUUGAUCAGGAGCUGCAAUGGUGGAACAUUCCUCUUAUUAAGGAGAUCUUUUUGGAUGAAGAAGUACAUCAAAUCUGCAGUAUAGCAAUCUGUCCACAAACUCAGCAAGAUCGGCUGGUAUGGUCUGGUACUAAGAAUGGGCUCUUCUCAGUCAAAAGUGUGUAUCACUUGGCUAUAGAUUUAUACAAUAGAGGUGCAGGUGGUUGUUCUAGUGGGGAUAAAUUGGCACCUUUCUGGAAACAAAUUUGGUGUAUCUCUGCUCCGAGAGUGGUUUCGUUGUUCAUUUGGCAAGCCUGUAACAACAUCCUCCCUACUAAAGGAAAUCUUUUUAAGCGGAAAAUAGCCACGGAUCCCUUGUGCCCGAUUUGUUGUAUGGAAGAGGAGAUAGUGGGUCAUGUCCUUUGGAGCUGCCCGGCGGCGCGUGAUGUAUGGAUGGAGGGCAAUGUUAAAAUUCACAAGAGUAGCAGUGACGAGGAUACCUUCUGCCAUAUUCUUCAAAAGUUAAGUGAAAGACUUACGGGGGAUGAUUUUGAUUUGGUUGCCUGUGUUGCCCGACAGAUAUGGCUGAGAAGGAAUAGGGUGGUUUUUUAA